AUGUCUGUCAAACAGACUAUCUGUUUGAUCUCUGGAGCAAAUCAAGGCAUUGGCUAUGAAACGGCCAAGAACCUAGCCAGCUCGCAGCAGCAUUGGCACAUCCUCAUCGGCACUCGCGACUUGGCCAAAGGGGAGCAAGCUGCCUCAAUGAUCCUCUCGGCCCUCUCUCUCCACGAGGGCAAGACCGUCAAUGAAGUUUCCGCCGUACAGCUAGACGUCACCUCCGACGAAUCUAUCGCAAAUUGCGUGGCCUACAUCAAGGGAACUUUUGGUCGCCUUGACGUGCUGAUCAACAACGCAGGCAUCAGCGGCGCUCAAAUACCGCAUGCCGUCAUGCCGCGUGAAAAAUUUGGGCUCACUGCCGACACGAACGCCUUCGGUGCCGCAGCUUUGACGGAGGCGUGCGAACCGCUACUUUCUGCCUCUACGAAUAGUCCAGCCAGGAUCGUUUUUGUAAGCAGCGAAAUGGGCUCCAUCGACAAUGCUUUGAACCCGUCUUUCAAAUUUUAUGACUUAUCGCCAAGAAUCAUGCAAUAUAAGGCGUCUAAGGCAGCAAUGAACAUGGUGGCGGCAUGCUUUGCGGUCAAGUACAAGGAUCGGGGUUGGAAGGUCAAUAUAACAUGCCCUGGGCUCAGGGCCACGAACUUCACCUCGGGUCCCAAUGCGGCGUCCAAGGCUUUCAACGGAGGCACUGCGGAUGAGGGGGCUCUGAAUGCUGUCAGGCUCGCCACUCUGGGUGAAGACGGGGAGACUGGAACAUUUUCGAACAUCGAGGGUCCAAUGCCUUGUUGGAAACAAUACUUAGAAAUGAAGUGUUUGGUCCCGCGAUUCGGCGCUCUAUUCGCCAUCUGUGCGGCACUGCUUUUCGGAAACGUCGCUGGCUAUCGAUAUGUUGAUCGACUCAAACCCCGUCAAAACGAAGACGUCGUGCCAACCGCGCAGCAAUAUCUUCGGAGACGUCUGCAUUCAGCUAUUGUUGCCGGUAAAUACUUGUAUAUAGACGGUGGCUCAAUUUCAUUCAACGAAAGCAAUGGGGAGCCAGCCGUGGUCGCUCAGCAGAAUUCCACACUGUCAAUCGAUCUUUCGAAAGACUGGGACAACUCCACAGUCGACUUAAUCAAAACAAGCAAGCCUUCAGACAUGCCCGUCUUCAAUCUAGGGGCACUCUGGUACCAUAAGACUGAAGACCUGAUCUACGCAGGUUUAGUCGGUGGGACGAGUGGUCCGACACCACUCCCAUCCUUGUGGACAUUCAAACCAGAUCAAAAGGGGAGUGGAACAUGGAGUCAGGCAGAGCGUGGUGGUUCUUCUGCCUUACAAGCUGUUGAAGGACUCUCGAGAGGUCCUACAGCGCAAGGACCUGACUCAGCGUGGGCGCUUAAUCCCCAGGACUCAUCAAAUAACUUACUGCCUGGCAUGAUUCAACUGGAUAUGGGCACAGAAAGGAUCCAGAAAUUGAAUACCGCUGCUGCGUUUUCUGUGCUGGGAGACGAGGCUUCGCUGCAGUAUGUACCCAUGUGGGGGAGAAAAGGCCUUCUGGUUGCUUUUGGCGGCAGUGUCACCAACGAUGACAAGUAUCCUGACAAUAGUAUUGUGCCUGUCUUUGAUGUUGAUACGCAGCAGUGGUACAGCCAGACCACCAGUGGGGAUAUACCCGCCUGGCGUAACUGGGUAUGCACAGCGGGAGUCAAAUCGACACGUGACACGUUCGAGAUCUUCUACUACGGAGGCUUCGUCAAGGAUGGCGAAGCUGCUGUUCAGAAUGAUGACAUCCACAUUCUUAGUUUGCCGGCUUUCAAUUGGAUUAAGGUCCCUUACGAGGCGCAGCAUCCUCGUGGUGGUCACACAUGUACACCUGUCGGCGGCAGUCAGAUCCUUGUAGUCGGCGGUGAUGAUCCAAGUGUUCCCCCGGUCGGUCGUCAACCGGAUGACGCCACUAACAAGAUGUUGACGAAGGACAUCUGGAGGCAGGGGAUUGCUGUGUUUGACAUGUCAGCCCUGGCGUGGAAAGCCAACUACACAUCCGGUCUCAAUGAUACUUAUAUGCAAUCGAACAACGUCACUCAGUACUAUGUGACCAAUGGACGGUCUCCGAAAAAUGCUCCUGAUCCGCACAUCGCAGACCUCCUAAAUAGUGGCAACUCAGUCAAUGUAUCUUCGACGGCGACAAAUUCUACUUCCCCACGCGCCAGCGCUCCAUCAAAGCCCUCUCGCACCAUCUCCGUCGGUACAAUAGUAGGAGUCAUCGUAGGCGGCGUCGCAGGAAUCGUGCUGAUCGCAGCCCUCAUCCUCUUCCUCUACAGAAGCCAUCUCCGCACAAUCGCACAAACGAAAGUCGCAAGCAAUGCCAAAUGGUUUAAAGAUGUUUCGGAAUACGGUAGUGGCAGUGGCGGUAGUCCGGCCACUGAUCGACGCUGGUUUGCCCAAAGCCCGAUCAAUUCGGAACCGAUUGAGAUGAGCGAUCGUGAGACUCCGGCGUUGAGUGUGAGGGGGUGCAUGAGGUGCCUUCUAGUCCAUCUCGGGGGUCACGGUGACAAGAGUGUUUUGUUGCAUGUGAUUUAUACAUCGGGGAUCUUUUUAAUGAUAGUCACCACCUCGCAGUCGUAA